AUGGUCGCGAGUAAGAAGAAUAAGGCCAAAGAAAAGGCCAAAGCCAAUACGAAGAAGGUUAAGAAGGGACAGAGCCCUGAUGUCGCAGAAUCAACUACAAACACUCCAACUCCUGGCAGCCCUGAACUUCCGGCGCAGGAGACUGAACAAAGCCUUGAGCCCAUUGUUGCCUAUUCUCCUGAGAUUAAGACACCUCUACCGGUGUCAGCGUACGAGGUUUUUGACGACGACGACGACGACGAGCCAGCUGACUCUGACCCUAUCACAAGUCAACGAUCCCCUGUCAUUGAAUCUGCUGCUCCAGUCGAGUCAGACCCUGUUCCAACUGAAGAGUCUCUUGUGACCGACCAGCAGAGACCAGCUACUCCAGACCCUGUCUCUAACCGUCAAUCUCCUGUGACUGCGACUGUGCCGUUGGCUACCGACCCUGUCGCAGAUCAACCUUCUCCUCAGGUCGAGGCUGACAAGACUGACGAGAGUGUGCUGCCCUCAGACGAAACAGUGUUUUCCCAGCCUAUCGUCCACAACACAGAGCCCAAUGACCAAGAGCCCUUGGAUGAUCCAAGUAAGCAAGAAGUUGAGGCAUCUGAGCCACUAGUAUCAGCAGCGCCAGCUGGUCCAUUCACUCCCGUUGCGGCCAGUGUUCCAUUGCCAUCGCCGUCUUUAACAGAAGCACGGUUUAUGUCAAGUCCCUCCCAGGAUAACUACUUAUAUCAACCUGCACCAUCCGCGUAUUCCCCCUACGCUGCACCAAUUCCAUACUCUUCGCCCGUUCCAUACGCUUCUUCAAUCCCAUACCCUUCCCCGGUACCAUACAACCCUCAAGCGGGCUACGGUUCACCGGCGCAAUACGUUUCCCAAGUACCCUACACUGCCUCCCCCGUGCCUUAUCGAUCUCCUGUACCCUAUCUUGGGUCUCCUUACACCGGGUCUGCAUACGCUGGCUCUGCAUACGCUGGAUCUGUAUACGCCGGCUCCGCAUACGCUGGUUCUGCAUACGCUGCUUCCCCAUACGCCGGAACUCCGUACGCCGGAUCACCAGCAGCGUACGCCUCUCCGGUGCCCUACACUGCUUCACCUGUACCUAAAGUCAGCAGUCCCCUUGCACGUUCUCACUACCCCUAUAAAUCACCCAACAUGUCUCCAACCGCAACACCACCUCCCCCAUCUGCACCGGUGGCUCCUCCCGCCCCCGCUUCUGCAGCUGGAUCUGCCGCCCCAAGCCGCUCGGCUUCUGUCAAUUCACCUGUGAUGAGCUCUGCUGGAGCCAUUCCUCCAUAUGGACAAUACUCUCCUCACUAUGCUCAUGACCCCCACUACAUGCAGCGAAGCUAUAGCAUUCCAGACCCAUCUUACGCGGCCUCAUACCAGGCCCUCCAGAAUCUGUCAAUGGCUGGCCACCCUGGUGAGAAUGGAGCCUUGUCUCCACCAGACAGCGAUAGUGAGAAUAUUGAGCUUCUUCAACGAAUCCAGUCUGCCAUUCCAGACAUCAACCGCCUUCUGCAUGGUUUCCGUAAUACCCAUAGCAAGUUGUCAAACCGAGAGGCGGAGAUGAAACAGAUUGGAAAUCAGCACGAGCAGGCGUUGAUGCACAAGGAGUACUACAUUGAAGCCUUACAGUCUCAAAUGAAGAAGACUGCAAACGAAAGCGCCGAAGAUACUUCCAGGCUCAAGAACACAGUCAAUGAGCUACGAUUGGAACUCGGAAAUCUGCAAGAGAAGCAGAGAGACCUCGAGGAUGGCUUGGCUGUUCACCAGAAGUCCAACGAGGAACUUACCCAAGCUAAGGUCCAGCUCGAGGGACAAAUCGAGCAGUUGAACGCCAACAUUGCAGAGGCGAAAGAGACCCACGAUAAAGAGCUGGAGGUUCAGAAAGAAGAAAAAGAAAAGGCCCUUGUAUCACAAAAGCAGGAGCUUACCGAGCUCUUCGAAGAAAUCAAGAGCGAGGAUGAGAAGACCGCAGCGGAGAAUCUUGAGACCCGUGAGCGAGAGCUUUGCAACGAGCUUGAAGCCGCCAAGGGCGAAUGGGAGAAGGAGAAAUCAAACAUGCAAGAGUCUUUUGAAGCCCAGCGCACCGAGCUGGAAGCGACCAAGACUGAACUUUCGUCCAAGAUUGCGGACUUGGAGUCCAAGGAGACCGAAUUGGAAAGCCAACUGAGUGCACUCGCAUCGACACGUGAAGAAUUGGCAGCCAAACUAGCCGAACUCGAAGUUUCACGAAAGGAAAUUGAAGAAUUGCACCAAAAACACGCCACAGAUUCUGAUGGACUUCGCGAAGGCCAUGCAGGUGAAUUGGAAGAUCUCAAAAAAUCCCACGACGACCAGGUCGCCGCAGCUGCCAAGGAACUCGAUAAGAAGAUUGCUGUGCUUGAAACCCUCUUCCAGGAGAAGGAGCAGCUUUGGACCGAGCAGCGUACCGCCCUUGAGAAGCAACUUGCUGAGAAGAAUGGCGAGCUCUCCAGUGCCGAGCGAGAGAAGGAGAGAAUGGAAGGAGAUGGUAUCAUCAAGGAGCAGCACCUUCAGCGUGCCGUGAGUGAGAUGAAAUCGACCAUCGAUCAUUUAGACCGAGACUGCGACAGGCUCAGGAAGACACUCCUCAGUCUUGGAGAGGCCACCGAUCUUAAGAGCACCAAAGGCGAUCAAUUCUUUUUGGACUGUUUCAACGAACUCUCGCAACUUAUCUACAACCUAUCCAAAGAACACUUCGCCUACCUCCCAAUCGACCCACCAAAAGACAUUCUCUCCAAGAUUCCCUCCGAAAUUCCACCGUUCCUCGAUAACACCCCAGCCUCGCGCGAGCUACGCUGCGCCUACAUCCAGCACGUAGUAUCCAAAACCAUAACCUACAGAGUCUUCCAACCCUUCCUCUUCACCCUGGGCCGCCGCUACGACAAAGCAGACACCUUCUUCCAAAUGCUAUCAAUGGACAUCCGCCGUAAAUCCGUCCGCCGCGAAGCAUUCUGGCGUCAACAAACCCUCAAAGCAGCCUACACAACCUCGGACGCCAAACAAUCCAUCAACGUUGCCGCAGCAGUCAUAGUCGACGAAAUCAUCGACCACAUCAAACACUUCGCGGACCCCAAACACCUGGACUCCCUCGUCACAGGCGUCCGCAAAAUCGUCAAACUAGCCGCCGAAACAUGGCGCCACGCCCGCGUCGAACGUGAACUCGUCCUAGCAACCUUCCCCGCCCCAGACGCAGACACCAUCCCCAACGAAGGAUGGUUCGAAUACGGAGCAAACUGCGAGCAUACCCAUCCGCAGGGUGGUGAACCAACACGCCAUAUUGUGCUGCGCACAUUCCCGCGUAUUGUGCGCGAGGCUGCCCAUGAGGAUUUUGCUAAUGACCAGGAGCGUGCUAGCUCUUGCAUUUACUCGGAGGGUGUGGUGCUGUAUUCGGAUUCGCCGGUUAUUAUGGCGCGGUUGCAGGAGUUUGCGAAGAAGAAGACCACCGACACUGUUGUCUCUGAUGAUAGCAUGACUGUUCAUCCCAAGACGCCUAGGCCCUCCAGGGAGGAUCUAGUUGCUGCUGCUAUGGAGAAGUUGACGCCGGUUGCUAGUUCGCAGCCUCGUGUUGCGACUAUUCGAUCAGCUCCUACAAGUCCUGGUCUGAAGGGGCAGGCUGUGAGAGGUUGA